AUGGCGUGGAACGUGUUCAAGUUCUGCACAGCGCUUCGUGCCUUGGGUUCAAUCAUGAUCCUAAUCGUAAUCGGAAUCAUCGGAUUCACAUAUUACGCCGUUGUAGUCGCCAAUUACGGACCGGCUCUAUUCCUCGGCGGUUUCGAUUCAGUACUAGCCCUUCUGGUUUUAGCCAUGUUUCACUUUCUGCUUGUAAUGCUAUUAUGGAGUUAUUUUUCUGUUGUUGUGACUGAUCCUGGUGGUGUUCCACCGGGUUGGAGGCCAGAACUAGACAUAGAGAAAAGCGAAGGUAACCAACAAGCUAUUGCAGAAGCUAACACAUCAAUUUCGGUUGGAGAUUCCUCGUGUCAUAUCGUAAGAUACUGCAGAAAGUGCAAUCAAUAUAAACCGCCUCGUUCUCACCAUUGUUCGGUCUGUGGAAGAUGCAUACUUAAGAUGGACCAUCACUGUGUUUGGGUUGUGAAUUGUGUUGGAGCGAUGAAUUACAAGUCGUUUCUCCUAUUCUUGUUUUACACAUUUCUUGAGACAACGGUGGUUGCGAUAUCAUUAUUGCCAGUUUUUCUCGUAUUCUUUAGCGAUGGAGAUGAUGAUAUAACCGUAUCACCAGGAAGCUUAGCAGCCACAUUUGUUGCAUUUGUAUUGAACAUAGCAUUUGCACUAAGCGUCCUAGGAUUCCUAAUUAUGCACAUAAUGCUGGUCAAGCGUAACACCACAACUAUUGAGGCAUAUGAGAAACAUACAGCUCCUAACUGGCCUUACGACCUUGGUGGGAAGACUAACUUUGAACAGGUUUUUGGAAGGGACAAAAUGUAUUGGUUCUUACCGUUGUACACGGAAGACGAUAUGAAGAGGUUACCGGCACUUCGAGGGUUAGACUUUACGAGCAGGUCCGAGGAGUCGGAGCCGCUUCAGUCUCUAUGA